CGUGUGCGCGUGCAGGUGUCGGGGUAAAGUCGCGCGCGGAGCCAUUCGCGCGUUUUAAACUACCAUCUCCUCACAAAUACAUUUGUUGACAAAUUUAUCUGCUGUUUUUUAGCUAUUCAUUCGCCUGAGCGUUUCCCGGCGCCUGUCUCUGUGUCGCCGUGUUUGUAAAUUCUUAUACAAGUUAGUUGUCAUUUGUUGAAAUGAAGAGGAGGCUCCGCAGGGGACACAGCAGAGACCUGCUCUCCUCACACGACCUACACUGCAGCACAAUGAAGCACACACAGAAGAGGUGUCUCACUCCCACGUCAGUGACUGCCCGGUGCAACGGCUCUCACGUUCUCCAAACCAGAAGCCGAAACAUCCUGGGUCCAUCUGGGAAGAACCAGCCGAGACGGCAGAAUGAUGUGUGUCGUGUCAGAAUGGCCGUUCCUCCAACUAUUGUCAUCCACCGGCAGGAAAUGGCCUCAUAUUUUGGACUUUUUGUCGAUGACCUCAUUCAAGAUUUCCUGAGGAUGGACUGUUGCUGUAAAAUGACAGACAAGUACCUCCUUGCCAUGACCUUUGUGUACUUCAAAAGAGCCUGCUUCUCUCUUGCUGAUUACACCAGGGAGAAUUUUUUCACUGCACUGUAUCUUGCCAACACCAUGGAGGAGGAUGAGGAGGAGAUUAGGUAUGAGAUUUUUCCAUGGGCACUGGGCAAGAACUGGAGGAAGCGGUUUCCCCACUUCCUCAAGCAGCGGGACAAGCUGUGGGUUCGCAUUGAGUUCAGAGCUGCUGUCAGCAGGCGCUGCUGUGAAGAGGUGAUGGCCAUUGUGCCCUCUCACUCUGUGUGGCAGCGGGAGAGGUCAGAGCACCACAGUGGUGCCCAGCGACAGUAUAGUGGUGGCGGCAGCAUGUAUUUUCCCCACGGGCCCUCUGCCUCCCCAAUCUCCUGUGCUCUUUGUAACCGCAUUACCAGGUUAGAUCAGAACCUGGGCUCCUGUUCUGCUCCACCGACUACAGACAGCACCUAUCCACACCCAUUCACCUUCUCGCUGCCUUUGGAGAAAACUCCAGUCAGAGCCACAGCAUCUUGCAGGAAGGUGACAGAGACCAAGAGCCACAAGCAGCAUUCCUCCUGCUGUGCCAAUGAAUCUCAUGAAUCCACGUACGACGCGUCCAUGGACUGGAUCAAUGAGGAGUAAAGUUUCAUCACCUUGUCAGUUUUCUAUUAAUGCUGAUAGAGCAGUUGUGUUAACACUAUUUUUCUGUGUUAACAUGUUUGCCAACAUGGGACUGAUUCAUCCAUCACUGUUCACGGUUCACACAAGCAUGAGCUAAUGUUACGUCACACAUGAAAUCUGAUGGAGAAAAAGAAAUGCUGUUACAUUUAUAUCAUAUGCAAAUGAGUAUUGGUGUAAAGUUUGGUCUUGCUAUUUGUGUAAUAUUUAUAUAUUUAUUCACUGAAGUGCUUUAUUUUUUUUGGACAACCACUAAUUCAAAUGGUAAAAUAGUAAAUAAUUACUUUUAAUUUUGACUGUCACUGAUGGAUGCAUGUCUUUAUAAUCUGUCACUUAACUGGGGAUUCUACUAGGUGUGUUUUAUUAAUAUUGCUGUUGUGCCUGUGAAAUGAUAGAACACUGCCUCAUGAGUUUUCAAUAAAUGGUUAUACUUGAA